GCUGGGACUGCACUUCCUGGAGAAACGCUCCCUCGGGGGAGUUUCGCCCGGGCUCCCUGUUUCACCUAGAGAGAGGAGGAGCAACACCUGUCCAAAAUGAAGGAUCGGCUGGAGCAGCUGAAAGCGAAACAGGACCAGGAUGAUGCCGACGAUGACCUGGAAAUUGCCAUCGAUAACACUGCUUUCAUGGAUGAAUUCUUUGCAGAGAUCGACGAGACUCGGCAGAAUAUUGACAAAAUUUCAGUGAAUGUAGAAGAGGCAAAAAGGCUGUACAGUGUUAUCCUGUCUGCCCCUAUCCCUGAACCAAAGACAAAGGAUGAUCUGGAACAGCUCACGGCAGAUAUCAAGAAAAUGGCUAACAGCGUCCGAAACAAACUUAAGAGUAUGGAGCGGAACAUUGAGCAGGAUGAGGUUCGAUCAUCAGCUGACCUGCGGAUACGGAAGUCCCAGCAUUCAGUCCUUUCCCGAAAAUUCGUUGACGUGAUGACAAAGUACAAUGAGGCACAGGUCGACUUCCGGGAACGGAGCAAAGGGAGGAUCCAGCGGCAGCUUGAGAUCACUGGGAAGAAUACGACAGAUGAGGAGCUGGAGGAAAUGUUAGAGAGUGGGAAUCCAUCAAUAUUCACAUCCGGGAUCAUGGAUUCCCAGAUCUCAAAGCAAGCACUGAGCGAGAUUGAGGGACGGCAUAAGGACAUUGUGCGGCUCGAAAGUAGCAUCAAGGAGCUUCAUGACAUGUUUGUGGACAUUGCCAUGCUGGUGGAAAACCAGGGAGAAAUUGUAGAUAAUAUAGAACUCAACGUGAUGCACACCCUAGAUCACAUAGAGAAAGCUCGCGAGGAGACCAAAAAGGCCUUGAAAUAUAAGAGUAAGGCACGCAAGAAAACAAUAAUUAUCAUUGUGAUAGUGGUUGCCUUGCUGGGCAUUGUAGCACUCAUUAUUGGACUUUCAGUAGGGCUGAAGUAAAAGCAGCCAACAAGGCUGCUGGCUCUGAACCACACUCCCAAGCUCUUCCUGGGUUGGUAGCAAGACCUCCCUUUCUGAUCCUUACUACUGUGGUGUGACCUUCCCCUACCUACCCUCCAGCCUGACCUCUUGGAUUAAAUACGAAUGGUUCCCUGCAGAAUGAGUUCACUUACAUCUGUGCUUCCUGUGAGAGCUACGUGCUGUUCCAGUUCUUUCCUUGGAAAGCCAGAAGACUCUAUUGUGCCUUGCUGCAUCCAGGAAGUCCACGAACACAGGGCGCUCCAGAGAGAACCUCCCAUGAAAUCUGCCCCUCACCCAUCCCUUCCUUUCUUCCCACUUCACCUGCUGCCUCCAAUUCAAGCAUUUCCUGUUUUUAAGCCUUCAUCCUUCUGGAAUUUUCUACAAUACAGUGGAAUGAACCUUAAAAGGAAUUUUGGAGUCAUUGUUGCCUACCUCAUUGCCUUGUUUUCAGCUGUGCCUUUUUCUUAACAAUGCCCAGAUACGUACUGGAAAUGUUAGACAUUUUUGCUCUUCAAAACUGCCAGCAUUAAGAGUUAGGGCUCAAAGUGGUAUCUGCCGCGUAACUUCUUUCCACCAUCCCACUGUAUACUGAGGCUGGCCUUUGAAGGAUGGAGUAGAUUUUGCAUCUCCUACAAAUCUUAGCGCACUGGGAGUCCCUCAGUGCAUCUUGCCCUGGCAGCCCCAAAGAGAGGUCAGGUGCAAGGAAUGAUGUCGAACACUUAAUAGUGCAAGCUACUUCAUGGCGUUUGCAGUCAGCCAAGCCAACCUUGAGGAGAUAAAGGACCAUGGGCACAAAUGUAGCAACUCCAUAUAUGAAAAUACCAAAGUAUUCAGGCCAGGGUUCCUAAAUCAGGCUGACAGUUGCAUAUUGGGAUGCAACUAUUAAUACUCAAGCCCUCCAAAUCUGAGCUGUUUGUGUUCCAUCUGCUUCUCAGCUUGGAGGAGUGGGCAUUGCAGUGGAGGUUCCAUGCUUUGGGUACUUAGAACUGGUCUACAGGUAAAAGGAAAGCUGCCCUCAGAUUUCCAUAGAUAAAGGCACUCCUUGGCGGGGGGGGGGGGGGGUGUAUGUUUUUUCUGUAAAUUGGCUGGCCCGCUUCACUUGUUUGGAAUGUAAUUGAAUUUUCUAAGUGAAGUAAAAUGCAGUUAUUCCCUGCUUAUAAGUUUAAUUUUGUUUGAGUGUGUCUCUGUGCUGAAGGCAUAGUUGUGUGUCUGCUCCCCAAAAUAUAACGCUCCCUGUGUAAAUAGAUAUGUAUUUGUCUGAGGACAUAAGAAUUGUGAGGAAUCAAAGGCUUUGUUUGCUUUGAACUGUUACUUUU